AAACAGUCUGCCGCAGCAGUCAGUUGCCCGCCAUUGACGCGCAGUGACGCGAUAAUCGCGCUGCAUGUCGCACAAGAGAGCUAUGAGGGAUCCUGAUCUGUUGACGGAUAUCCCGGAGCUGUCAAAUGAUACGCCCGAGAUGGAUCUCAGCAUUCACCCGGAGAGACAAAGAUACCCCUUCUGCAUCGUUUGGACACCGUUGCCUUUCCUAACAUACAUCCUGCCUUUUAUCGGGCAUAUGGGCAUCGCAACGUCGACUGGAGUGAUAAGAGACUUCGCCGGUCCUUACCACGUCUCCGAGGAUGACAUGGCAUUCGGCAAACCCACCAAAUACUGGCAAUUGGAUUACACCAAAGCCAAAGGAGGUGUGCAAGGAUGGGAUGCCGCUGUGGGGGAAGCUAGCGAAAUUUAUAAGACUAGAAUGCACUACCUAUGCUGGGACAAUUGUCAUUCGCAUGUAGCUCGAGCCUUGAACUUAAUGGCAUAUGACAAUUCGAGCAACUGGAAUAUGGUGAAACUUGCAUUUUACAUGCUGGUCUAUGGGAAAUAUGUGAGUGUCCUGGGAUACCUCAAGACCUGGCUACCUUUCUGUUUACUUGUUAUAAUUGUACUUGGAUUAAGUCUAUAUAUGAGUAUAUAAGUGUGUAUGUAAGCAAAUUAAUUAUAGAUGAUAUUAAUUUAUAAAAUCAUACAAGACAGAUUUAAAAAAAAGUAUACACUUUGGAAUACUUUCCAUAAAAAUCUGAUGAACAAAUAUGUAAGAGUACAGCACAAUGAGAUCAAAGUGCUUGGCAUUGUGAUUUGUGUCGCUUGUAUAAUUUAGCAUUGUUUGGAACUUGAAUUAAGAAGAAUGUAAUAUUCAUUCUUAUAUGUGUGUAAAAUACAAGAACAAUUUAUCAUA